CCUGUUAGAAGCGAUUUGGAUCAUGUAAACACCGAACUAACACGCCACUGUUUUUAUAAUAAUAUACUGUGAUGGAUUACUUCAUCAGUCGUUUAGAUAGAUUUUCAUGAACGAUAGCUAUGUGUUUUGUUAAGCCAUGCACAGAAGAAAUCCGUCUGUGAGCAAGGCCUUCAAGUUAGCAAAUCAGGUCUAGAGAUUGCUGUUUUGCUAGCUGUCAAGCUAGUUAGCUAGCUAACGUUUCUGGCAAGGUUUGUAGCUUGUUAGCUAGCUAUAACGUUGGCUGUGACUAUGCAAGGGGAAACCGCCACGGCAAUACGAAUCUCGGACAGUGAAGGGAAACUGGAUGUCUUUCUCCAGAAAGGGACGCCUGGUAGUUCUGGAAGAGGGAGUUCGAAAGGCUGGCAGUACAGUGACCACAUGGAAAAUAUUGAUGGUUACCUGAUGAAAUACACCAAUUUGGUAACAGGAUGGCAAUAUAGGUUCUUUGUCCUCAACAAUGAGGCGGGGUUGUUGGAGUACUUUGUCAAUGAGCAGUCCAGGCCCCAGAAACCUCGCGGGACGCUCCCCUUGGCAGGGGCGGUCAUAUCCCCCAGCGACGAGGACUCUCACACCUUCACGGUCAAUGCCAUCAGUGGGGAACAAUACAAGCUCAGAGCCACGGACGCCAAAGAGCGACAGCACUGGGUGAGCCGGCUGCAGAUCUGCACGCAGCACCAUACUGAGGCCAUGGGGAAGAGUAACCCUCCGCCCAAGUCUCGCAGUUACUCCAUGGCGUCUCAGGGGAGCGCCAGCUCGCCCCUGUCCCAGCGAAGGCCCAGCCAGCUCCAGAACCAGAACGCCGCCUCCUCCUUCAGCAUGACUCAGCUCCACAAGGGCUCCUCGCUGUACUCCUCCAAGAGGUCCCUGCUGCCAGACCAUCUGCUCGACGCCAGAGAGAUGAUGACCCAGGCCCAGGGCCAGCACCGAGACCUGAUCCAUAUCAUCGAGGGCCUGCCCCCGGCCACGGGUCCCCUCUCCCCACUGGACCAGGACCUGCUUAUGCUCAAGGCCACCUCCAUGGCCACCAUGAACUGCCUCAACGACUGCCUGCACAUCCUGCAGCUACAGCAGGUGGCCCGCCAGGGGAGCUCUCUGGGAGGACCUACCAUUGAGUGGCUGGAGCCCAAGCUGCCGGACAUCCUGAAGAACGGCGGGCCCUUGGACAGCUUCAGCACCGGGGGAGAGGGAGGGCCGCUGGAGGGCAGCCUCCUGGAGCUGAGUGCCACGGAGCCCUGCAGUUUCUCUGGGGAGGAGAUUGACGGAGAGGACGAGGUGGAGGACGCGUUCACGGAAAAGGAGGAGGAACUGGGGGCGGUGGAGGAGGAGCGCAGUGUCAUCCUACACCUGCUCUCGCAGCUCAAGCUGGGCAUGGACCUCACGCGGGUGGUGCUACCCACCUUCAUCCUGGAAAAGCGCUCCUUACUAGAGAUGUACGCCGACUUCAUGUCCCACCCGGACCUGUUCGUGUCCAUCACAGACGGCCAAGGGCCCGAGGAGCGCAUGGUGCGCUUCGUCGAGUACUACCUCACCUCCUUCCACGAGGGCCGCAAGGGCGCCAUCGCCAAGAAGCCCUACAACCCCAUAAUCGGCGAGAGCUUCCACUGCUCCUGGAGGGUGCCCAGGUCAGGGGAACCUGCUAAGGAUGCCCCCUCACCCCCCUCUCCUCCCCAGGGAAGCCCCACGACCGAGGAGGAGGACGGCAGUUACGAGUUGCGCUUCGUGGCUGAGCAGGUGUCCCACCACCCGCCCGUGUCGGGCUUCUACGCCGAGUGCCCCGAGAGGCGGAUGUGCGUCAACACCCACGUGUGGACCAAGAGCAAGUUCAUGGGCAUGUCCAUCGGGGUGUCCAUGAUCGGGGAAGGCUGUCUAUACCUGCUGGAGCAUGACGAGGAGUACACGUUCACGCUGCCCUGUGCCUACGCCCGCUCCAUCCUUACCGUGCCCUGGGUGGAGCUGGGGGGAAAGGUCAAUGUGAACUGCACCAAGUCGGGAUACUCCGCAGUCAUCACCUUCCAGACCAAGCCCUUCUACGGCGGCAAACUGCACAAAGUGACGGCGGAGGUAAAGCACAACGCUACCAACGUUGUGGUGUGCCGCGUGCAGGGCGAGUGGAACGGCGUGCUCGAGUUCAGCUACCAGAACGGCGACACGCGCAUGGUGGACGUCACCAAGCUGCCCGUCACUAAGAAGCGGGUGCGCCCCAACGACAAGCAAGUACCAACCGAAUCGAGGCGCCUGUGGCAGCACGUGACUGAGUCGCUGCGUCAGAAGGACAUUGAGAAGGCCACGGAGCACAAGAGGAUCCUGGAGGAGAGACAGAGAACUGAGGAGAGACACCGCACUGAGACAGAGACCCCAUGGAGGACCAGAUAUUUUGAGAGCGAGGGCGAAGGCUGGAUGUAUCACAAACCACUGUGGAAAACACCCGCUUUGAAAUCUUAAUCCUACCGGUCAGUGAGAAUCCAUCGAGAACUGGUGUAGCCACGAGACUGACGCUCUCUUUUGGUUUGUGUGUGUGUGCGCGAGUGUGGGGUUAUUUCCUAAACGGUCGAGGUAAAGCGCGUCCUCCACUUACAUGCAUACGGAUUCAAAAGUAUUGGGGAAGCCCUAUAACGUGACGACAGGCUAUAUAGUUUCAUCUCACACUCGCUGUACAGCUCACACCUCAAGGUAGUAGGUACAGGCUUUUGUACUGAUGGUCACUUUUUGUAUAAUCCACUCUGAAUGAGGACAUUUCUUGUACAGAUAAAAGGUACUCUAUUUACGCCGCCUUAACAAUCGUAUGAUGACGCGCUCUUUUGGGUUGUGUUUAAAGUGUUGACGAAUCAGGAUUCAGCAGAGCGAGUUUUGUUUUACAGUGACGUCGCACAUGAGAUUGUGAAUCUAAAUGCAUCGUUCAAAGUACACGACCGUUGGCGUUCGACGGUGUGAACUGGAUAGCCAUACUCUGGGAGAUGAUUGGCAAGGCUUGGGUCAUGUUCAUUAGGGCAUGCGACAGAAUGUUUUAAAAACGCAUUUCAACGGAAAAUGAGUUAUUGGACAAGUACAUACAGUCCCGUUUGGUGCUUAAUGAACAUGACCCUGCACAUAUUAUCAUGUCACAGCUUGGAUAAGACACACACACACAACCUGUCACUACAUUGAACAAGUUUAUAAUGGGGACAAUGUUCCUGAAUUCAUACUGUAGGAAAUGAAUGACAUUACUCCUUUUGGAUUUGCACAGACAUCUCCAUUUGGAUGAUUCCAUCGUUUAGAAUGAUUGACAAGGCUAGUUUGGCAUGAUACAGAUAGUAUUUUAAUGAUUAGCCCCCCCCCAAAGUGAAUGCAUUUAUUGAUAUGAGAUGUAUGAUAAAG